AUGUCCUUCGGAACAAUCUACUCCUACCCCAACAACCCCCGGGUCAUCAAGACCCACGCCGUCGCAAACCUGAACGGUCUGCAAAUCGACGAAGCCCCCUUCCAAAUGGGUGUCACAAACCGCACCCCCGAAUUCCUCUCCAAAUUCCCUCUCGGCAAAAUCCCCGCUUUCGAGUCCUCCGACGGCGCCGUGCGCAUCUUCGAGUCUGACGCUAUCACUCAAUACGUCGCUGAAUCGGGCCCUGCUGCUGGACAGUUAUUGGGGUCUACGCCCGCGGAAAAGGCGCAGAUUAGGCAGUGGAUUGUCUUCGCGGAGGGUGAGGUCAUGGGUGCUGUGACGAGGUCUGCGCUGUGGAGGGUCGGACUCAAGGCGUACGAUGAGGCGACGGAGACGGCUGCGUUGGCGAAUUUGGAUCGCGCGGCUAGGACUCUGGAGACGCAUUUGCAGGGGAGGAAAUGGUUGGCUUCUGAGGAGAAGUUGAGUUUGGCGGAUAUUUCGGUUGCGGCGGCGUUGGUUUGGGCGUUUUCGAUGAUUCUGGAUAAUGAGUUGAGGCCGCAGUAUCCUACUGUGCUGGCUUGGUAUGAUCGGGUGCUGGAGACUGAGGGCGUUAAGCAGGCUUUUGGGGAGAAGAAGUUUAUUGAGAAGCGCAAGGCUCCUCCGUCGUAG